CCAUACUGGAAGUGCCAAGUGAGUUGAAGUCUGUCACAGAUGAUGGCAAAGUGAGGCAGAGGAGGAGGACUGAUGACACGGAGCUGGCACAGCGAGCGAGUCGUACAUUGUACUUUGUGGUGAAGGAAGGGAAGCGUGCGUCUCCUCUCCAUCACAUUUCACUUUUUCAAACAGUGACGGGGAAUCAAAGAAGGCAGGAUGUAGAAUCCGUCAGACACACAGAGCGUUUCUUCAGAGUCUUGCGGUCCCACAGAGUGGUUAAUUCUGCUGCUUUUAGUCGCGUUUUUUCGCUCUGCUCGGUGCGGGAGUCUGCCGAUCGACCGAGGUGGAGAAGAGAGGUGUUGCUCGCUGCCUCAGCUCGCUGGAUGGAUCCGAGCUCAUCCUUUCUCACUUACAACUGAGGACUCGGUUUGGAAGAGUUGGGAUUUUGUUCCCUCCUCCGCUCCAUCUCCUUUUCUAUGCCAGAUCAUUUUCAGGACAGUUAAGUCUGAAGGUGUGGAAGACUUUGCUUCACAAUGGCAACAGGAGUAGCAGCGUGGCUCCCCUUUGCCAGGGCUGCAGCAAUUGGCUGGAUGCCUGUGGCCAACUGCCCCAUGCCUAUCGCGCCAAGAGACAACAGCAAGAAACAAGAUGAACUUAUCAUCCUCAAUGUCAGCGGCCGUCGUUUUCAGACCUGGAGAACAACAUUGGACCGCUACCCAGACACACUACUGGGCAGUUCUGAGAAAGAUUUCUUUUACAACGAGGAAACCAAGGAGUACUUUUUCGACCGGGACCCUGACGCCUUCAGAAGCAUUCUCAACUUCUACCGAACGGGAAAGCUCCAUUAUCCUCGUCACGAGUGCAUCUCGGCCUAUGAUGAGGAGCUGACUUUCUUUGGCAUCAUACCUGAAAUCAUUGGUGACUGCUGCUAUGAAGAAUACAAGGACAGAAAGCGGGAGAACUUAGAGCGGCUGCAGGAUGAUCAGGAAGAGAAUAUGGACCUGAAGAUGCCCAACAUGAACUUCAGAGAGACCAUGUGGCGUGCCUUUGAAAACCCCCACACCUCCACCAUGGCCCUGGUCUUUUACUAUGUCACUGGGUUCUUCAUUGCUGUCUCGGUCAUCACGAAUGUGGUGGAGACCGUGCCGUGUGGUGCUACUGCCAAUCAGAAAGACAUGCCGUGUGGCGAACGCUAUACUGUUGCGUUCUUCUGCAUGGACACCGCCUGUGUUAUGAUUUUCACCGUGGAGUAUCUGUUGCGCUUGUUUGCCGCACCUAGUCGUUACCGCUUCAUGCGCUCUGUGAUGAGCAUCAUCGACGUGGUGGCUAUCUUGCCAUAUUAUAUUGGUCUAGUGAUGACCAACAACGAGGAUGUCAGCGGCGCCUUCGUGACACUGCGCGUGUUUCGAGUGUUUCGUAUCUUCAAGUUCUCCCGCCACUCGCAAGGCCUGCGGAUCCUGGGUUAUACACUCAAGAGCUGCGCUUCAGAGCUGGGUUUCCUCCUCUUCUCACUCACCAUGGCCAUCAUCAUCUUUGCCACGGUCAUGUUCUAUGCAGAGAAGGGCUCCAGCUCCAGCAAGUUCACCAGCAUCCCAGCUUCAUUCUGGUACACUAUUGUCACCAUGACGACGCUGGGGUAUGGGGACAUGGUGCCAAAGACAAUUGCUGGAAAGAUCUUUGGCUCCAUCUGCUCCCUGAGUGGCGUCCUGGUGAUCGCUCUGCCCGUCCCUGUCAUAGUCUCCAACUUCAGCCGCAUCUACCACCAGAACCAGAGAGCAGAUAAACGGCGUGCUCAGAAGAAAGCUAGACUGGCCAGGAUAAGAAUAGCCAAGUCCGGCAGCGCCAACGCCUUCCUUCAGAGCAAACACAACGGACUUCUCAACGAAUUGCUGGAGCUGACGGGUACAGAAGAGGAUGAGCAGAAGCUGACCCAGAAGUCCAUCUCUCUGUUAGAGAGCCAACACCACCACCUACUGCACUGUCUGGAGAAAACAACAUUUAGCUAUGGUAACCUGUGCAGACCUGUGCAACAAGACACAGAAGACACUGGUUCGUACUACAGUUUGAGGACAGGACAGGAUUUAGAUCAUCAUGUAAAGGCUCACGAGUUUGUGGACGAGCAGAUAUACGAGCAGAACUGUUUGGAAACGGCUCUGCAGACCUAUCCCUCACGCAGUCCCUCUGUAUCCAGCCAUGACAGCUCCACACGUACCUGUUGUAGUCGAAAGAGAAAGAGAAAUGUUCCUCUGCCUAACACCAGCCUGCCCACCACCCAUUCAACACACCAGGGCCCGCUGCAGGAGCUCAGUGCCAUCCACAUACAGUGUGGUGACCCGCUGUCGCACACCGCCAGCCGCUCCAACCUCAACCUCAAAACUGAUGAGAGCAGCAGGAUCAACUGCAAAAGUGGCCGGAUCACCACAGCCAUCAUCAGCCUCCCGACACCCCCUGCUUUAACCCCUGAUGGAGAUGGGCUCCACGGGCCCCCACAGCGGAGGCCGCCACGACCUCCAAGUCACCCACCACCCUUGAGCAUUCAGACCACAACAAGCUCAGCUGGCGCCAACAUCGUCAAAGUCUCGGCUCUGUGACUGUGUGGCUGACAGAUGUAACUCACCCCAACAGGGGGAAGGAAAGAAGAGGAGGAGGAAGCAGGUAACACUACAUUCAUGGACGUACCAUGUUCCCUAAUACAGGGUCAGUGAGAAGAGAGGUGUACUCCAGAGGACUCACCAGUUAUGGAGACAUUACUGAGGUAGAGGACUGUAGAUAUGUGACCUGAGAAUCACGCUCGUGUCAUGUCGUGUAUGUACUGUAGAUACGAUGAGAACUGCUGCAUUUCUAAACGUUUCCUACAGCAGUGGAGAUGGUUUACAGCAGGUACUGUGGAAAAUAACUGACGAUAUUGUGCAACUGGCAGAAACAUCAGCAGGCCCUGUUGACCAUCACAAAUUCAAAGUAAAUUUGACGUGAAUUCACAGUGAAAAAGAAGAUUUGUUGGAUUAAAUACUGAAGAACAAAGCUGUGGAAUUUGAUUGGUCAUGUUUGUGUUAUGUGAUUGUCUUUAGUAUUUUGAGAAACAUAAACUGUUUUAGUUUAAAGUCGCCAUGCCUGAUGCUGCUAAUAUCAUCCCUGAAAUGUGUAUUUCAUUUGUUGCAGACUAGAAACAGCGUUUCUUUGUUUUUGUUGGAUAAUCGUAUCGGUACAUUAUGUUGAUUCCUCAAACCAAACUGUGAUUUUAGUUGUAUUUAAAAAAUCCCACUUAAUGUGGACUGAAGGCUGACGGUGUUCAAACUGCAUUGAAACAGAGCAGUGGUUCUCAGCCUUGAGCUGACCGUAGAAUUGCUAUAAAGCAAAUGUGUAAUUUAAUGUUGAAGGAUGAGGUUACAGUACAUCCCAUGAAAGACCAAAACCAACCACUUGAUUGGUUGAAAUUCAUUCAUCCUGAUCUUAACUGUUCGUGUUACAAAAACACAAGAAAAUAACUUGUUUUAAAUAAUUUUCUCCUGCAGAUUAAUAUAUGUGUUGCAGUAGUUUGUAGAGCAGAAGGACGAUGUACAUGAGGGUUCUGACAUGUUAAUGUAAAGAAGAAACAAGCCAUGCAUUGAAAUAGUGAUGAAAAAUAAUAAAAGGUAUAUAACAUGGCAGAUUUUGGGAGGGGAAAUACUACAACAUUUGGUUUCAGUACAACAGCAAGUUUUACGGCCAGGAUACUGGCCAAUUAAUACUGUAAUUACAAGGCCGGGAUACUGAAUAACAUGAUUGUAUCGACAGUGUUCCAGAAUGAAGUAUCGUUUAUGGCUCAGUCACACAACAGUAAAACUGUUGCAUUCAGCAACCGAUUGCAAGUAGUUUCAAAAACCAACUGGGCGGCCACUUUUGAUCGUAAGGUGAUUGUGUAGGUUACCUGCUCCGAGGCAACCUGUGUCCAAACAGUCUGACUCAAACUGACUCCAGUCACUCUCAGACAGACUGGUUAAAGCUUGCAAAUAAUUGCCGUCUAAUUUAUAAAUGCAAACAGAUUGCCAACAAGUAGCAAUCAAUCUGAGUCAGUCUGUGCAGGACUCAUCUGUGCCUCAUCUCUUUGCAGUUGAUUUUAACACAAAUUGUUGCCAACUGCUUGAAUUCCUAAAUAAAAGCAAAGCUGCAUCUAUAUCAUUUCGCUGUCCUGCAGCAACCAUCACGUCACUAUUUGUGGAGAAAUUUCAGAAUUUCUGUUUUGAGUCUACGAGGUUCUAACUGGACUCUGAAUGUAAGUAGUUCAUUCAAAUUUCUGUUAAAUGUAAAUUUCUGUGUAUGUAGAUGGCAACAGAUUUGCAACAGACAGCAACAGAUUUACAAUUUGCCAACUGGAGCCCCUUCUGUCACAAACUGACAGCAAACUGAAGACAGCAACUGGGGUUGCAGACCUGGUCCCCAUCUUUGAAAAAGCCAUUUUGAAGGAAGCAAGAUUCCAAGUCGACUGCACACACUCACAGUAUCUUUGGUGUCAUGCUCUCCAAGCACUCUUUCCUGGUGUGACUGUAGCAAAUUCCAAUUUAAUUUCAAAUAUCAAAAAAAGUAUUCUCAAUUUUUUUUCACAACUUAAGAUUGGAAAUCGUUGUGUUUGCACAGAUUCACUUUGAUCGUCUCUUGAUUUGCCGGUUUUAAAUCACUGCAUUUCACCUUUUUUCCUGCCAUUGACAACAUUGGGGAAACUUUACAGAUGUAAUUAGGUCACAUGCAUGGCAUGAAUUGAUAGGAUAGUUACAUUUAAAUAGCCAUUAUAAAAAAUCUUAAUUUUUUGUAAUUGAAAAUAAGGUUAAACUUUAUUUAUUACAAAAUACCUCUCACAGCACACCUGUACAACCUACUGUGGUUACAAGUGGGCUGCAGCCCAGACUUUGAGAAUUACUGGGCUACGUUACAUUCAUUGUUACAUUGUUGCCAUCUUAUGGAACAAAAACAGAGAAUAUUGCCGGGCUUAUCCUGACAAACAAGCUACAAAAUUCAUAUUAAAAAAUAAAUUGUGGUUAAGUGCUUGUAUGAAUUUGAAAGCGCACUGACGCUUCAUCCCCGCUGUGCUGCUGCCACUCAGGUUGAAGGUUGAGCAGGACACUGAAAUGGAAAAUAAUAUUGUGCAUGUUCAUCAUGAAUGUUUGGGUAUUGAAUGCCAUGAAGGUUGAGCACCACUCGACCUGGACAAUUACAGGAAUGGAACGUAUUUGUGUUCGGUUCGGCAUUUUAAAACGAAAAUGAAAACGAAAUCCACUGAAUAUUUGAAAAGAUUAAAUACCCAGAGCUAAAAAUUAUUUGGUUUUUCUGGUAUUCUGUCUUACCUUAAAAAUUUUAGUUGAUUUUUUUUUUUUUUUACUUUCUUUUUGAUAUAUUUGUAGCCCUCUGUGUCUUCACUAAAUGUCUCUGAAAAGAUGUGAUUUCACUGAUGACUUGAAAUAUUUGUGUGCUGUUCAUAAGACACUAAGCACAACUCAUAUCUUUCAAAACAUUUAGAAAAAUAAAAUAACUUAAUCCACUUAAGGUUUUCAGCGAUUUCCACCUUAAACAUUGUUUUUUCUUACAUUAAAUGUGUUUAUCUUGAAAGCCAGUUAAACCAAUAUUAUACCAGCUUCUGAGCAGGAUAAACAGCACAUGUAAGUGUCCCUGGAGUUGGCAUAGUUUUGUCAAACUGCUGUUUUUAAGGU